GUAUGUAGGGUGGGUGAUAGGAACAUGCUAGCUUAGCAUAACAAUUAACAAACAACUAUUACCAUAGCCAUAAUCCGUAAUCGUAAGUCCUAACCAUAAUCAAUUACCAAUUACCAAUUACCAAUUACCAUUCUCUACUUUUGUUUUGUUAUGCUCAUUAUCGGUCCCUCCCUCAAUCAAAAACCCUAGCUCCCUCGCUCGCCUCUUCCUUCUUCUUCUUGUUCUUGUUCUUCUUCUCUCCAAGAGAACCCAAAAUAUACAAAUAUCAACUCUUUUUUGGUGGCGAUUGAGUUUCAUUUCAACACGAAUAAUCGUUAUGAUUGGAUAACAUUUUAGGGCGGCGAUUGCAGGAAAAAAAAGGGGGGACAUUUUGAAGAAAAAAAUUGAAAAUUGAGUUUGUUAUAGGGAUUUAGGGUUUCUGAGGGAUGUAUAGAGAGCGAGGGCUAGGUGGCAUCAAUGGCGGCAGCAAAGACAGGUCUUCCCUUCUAUCAUCUUCCUCCAAGGACCCUCGCUCUACAUCUAUCUCCAAGAACUCAAACAUCUCAGAGGAACCUGAAACAGACAGUGAAGAAUCAGAUGUUAGUGGCUCUGAUGGAGAUGACACCUCUUGGAUCUCAUGGUUCUGUAAUCUCAGAGGAAAUGAAUUCUUUUGUGAGGUUGACGAUGAUUACAUCCAAGAUGACUUCAACCUGUGUGGGUUAAGCAGUCAAGUGCCUUACUAUGAUUAUGCUCUUGAUUUAAUAUUGGAUGUUGAGUCCUCCCAUGGUGACAUGUUCACAGAGGAACAAAAUGAGUUGAUUGAAUCAGCAGCGGAGAUGCUUUAUGGUCUGAUUCAUGCUCGAUACGUAUUGACAAGCAAAGGAAUGGCUGCCAUGCUUGACAAGUACAAGAACUAUGAUUUUGGAAGAUGCCCAAGAGUUUACUGCUCUGGACAACCGUGCCUUCCAGUUGGUCAGUCAGAUAUUCCUAGGUCAAGUACUGUGAAGAUAUACUGCCCUAGAUGUGAAGACCUAUAUUAUCCUCGGUCCAAGUAUCAAGACAUUGAUGGAGCAUACUUUGGGACAACAUUUCCACACCUCUUCCUCAUGACGUAUGGACAACUGAAGCCACAAAAACCAUCACAGAGCUACGUUCCAAGAGUUUUUGGGUUCAAACUUCACAAGCCAUGAUGAAGCUGAAGUCAGUUUUUCAUGAAUGAGUCCUAUUUAACACUUCUUUGAAGUACUCCCUUGCAACAUCCAGCGGAUUAUGACAUGGAUAUUCCAAAUCAGUACAAUCUAGAUCCUCGGUUUUUUACUGUCUUAGGAGUGUGUUGUAAAGAAAUAUAUGCUGACUUGUGAUGCAAGUGCUUAGUUUCACUUUCAGCUUCAAAUUCAGAUUAGCAAGUGCUUAGGUACUUGACUAUACUUUUUUUUAAUGGUCUAUUACAAAUUUGUAUUCUUGCAAUUA